UGAGGGGCUGCAAAUUUUGAUUCUUUUAUAAUCGCAGUUUCAAAUUAUUUUGUUGUAAAAUCCUCGAAUAUUUUGAUAACCACUGGGGCAAGAUGGGUGAUAUUUUUAGCGAUUUCAUGAAGACAUCUCUGGUUAAUCGAAUGGGAUCGUAAUUUUUUUUCUCCUUCUGAACCUUUUUUGGUUUUAUUUUUCAUGAUUUUUAGUGUUUUCACAGCGGGGGGAGUGGGGGGAAUAGCAACAACUAUUUUUGGACAUCCGUUAGACACUAUUAAAACGAGAAUGCAAGCUGCACCUGGGGCUUACAAGAAUACAACUGAUGCUGUUGUUAGAACACUGAAGCGAGAAGGGCCAAUGGGAUUGUACAGAGGGAUAACCGCACCGCUGAUAGGAAUAGUCCCAAUAUUCGCUCUGAGUUUCUUCAGUUUUGGUCUUGGAAAACAACUUCUCUCGUCCCCGACCAAUGAACCACUGACUCCACUUCAACUCUUCCUCGCUGGAAUGUUUUCCGGUCUGACCACAACCGUAUUCAGUGUCCCCGGAGAGAGGAUCAAGUGUCUCCUUCAAAUGCAGACAAAAGGUGCCAAAUACAGAGGCUUCAAGGACGCUGUUGUAAAGCUGUACCAGGAGGGGGGCAUCAGGAACCUCUACGUCGGCACCUGUGCGACAUUACUCAGGGACGUACCUUCCGGGGGAAUUUAUUUCGGAAUUUAUGAACUCAUGAUGAGGAUGGAAACCGAAAACGAACAUCACGUGUCGCUCUGGCAGCCGAUGUUCGCAGGUGGUGUUGCUGGUAUCGGAAACUGGCUGGUGGCAAUGCCCAUGGACGUCCUCAAGUCGCGUCUUCAAACAUCGACCAUUAAAAAAUAUCCUAAAGGUAUGCGCUCGGUGCUCCCCGAGCUUUUGCGAAUCGAGGGCGUUGGCGCCCUCUACAGCGGCCUAAUACCGGUUAUAAUACGGGCCUUUCCUGCCAAUGCCGUGUGUUUCCUGGGAAUUGAAUUCGCCAUUCACAUCCUCGAUAAUUAUUUCCCGUGGAUCUGAUGA